UUGGAGGGAUGGCCAGUCAAGGAAUUCUCUCUUCCCUGGACAGAAGUGGAUGGGUGAUCCAAGCUACACUGGGCGGCAGCGGAACUGUCAGAGCGCCGAGCCGCACACGGAGCAAGAAGUCUCUUGGACUUGACGAUCUAGGAAUUCAGGACUUGGGACAAAUUUGCCAGCCCUUGUUCCACAGAUCUCGUGCUCGCCCUCUUCCCGGUACUGUGGCCGCCCCGUGGGAGAGUUCUAACCUGCACGUUUCUCCCCAGACCCUGGCUGUGUGAGCAGAGCUUCAAUGCUGAAGAUGGAGCCUCUGAACAGCACGCAUGCCAGCACCGUAGCCCCCAGCGGCCCCCUCGAGUCCCAUGUGCCGGGCAGUGGCAGCGGCAACGGCAACGAAUACUUCUACGUUCUGGUGGUCAUGUCCUUCUACGGCAUUUUCUUGAUUGGAAUCAUGCUGGGCUACGUGAAAUCCAAGAGGCGGGAGAAGAAAUCCAGCCUCCUGCUGCUGUACAAAGACGAAGAGAGGCUCUGGGGGGAGGCCAUGAAGCCGCUGCCCACCGCGUCCGGCCUGAGGGCGGUGCAGGUGCCCACGAUGCUGAACGCGCUGCAGGAGAGCGUGGCGCCCGCGCUGUCCUGCACGCUCUGCUCCGUGGAAGGAGACAGCGUGAGCUCCGAGUCCUCCUCGCCCGACGUGCACCUCACCAUCCAGGAGGAGGGGGCGGACGACGAGCUGGAGGAGACUUCGGAGACGCCCCUCAACGAAAGCAGCGAAGGCUCCUCGGAGAACAUCCACCAGAAUUCCUAGCACCCCUAGGACUUCUGGAGGUGGCCCCAUCAGCCAGCACCCUUAGAGCGAGGGAGGGCACUUUUCGUGUCUGGUUUCACCUUUGCAGGGCAACUGCCACUUUCAGGAGACCCUCGGCAAGCCCCUGAAUUGGGGGGGGGGGAUGGGGGACAAGGCUCAGGCGGAGACAGCAGCAGUCCACGACGCGCCACCGAAAAAGCCCUGAAGAUGUGCAGUGUGUACCUUUCCUUGGGAUCUGGGGGUCGGGGUACCUGUGCAGAAUUGGGCAGGUUGAUGUGCUUGCGGUUGUUUCCUCACGGGAUGCCCUGGGUAACACCUGCAGCAUCUGCCCACUCCCAGGGCUGCCAAAUGCCUAGGGCAUCCUGAGGGACUAGUUUCGAUUUGACAAUUUGCCUAGAGCUUUGUUCUUCUACAUCUGAUUGGCUGUAAGUACCUCUAAUGUGAACCUGUGGUUUCAGUUCCCCCUCGGGUUACAGAGCUUCUCUUAGAGGUCUUUUGGGUUAGAGGGGGGAUAUUUGACAGAGGACUUUUGAUGGGAGGAAGCUGGAGAUCUGAAUCUGGUCCAUUUGCGUUCUGUAAGGAAAAAAUAGGCAAUUUUUAAACCUGUUAAUGUUGGCUGGGAUUAUAAGACUAAUCUGCUAUUUUGACCCUUUGUCUAACCUGUGACUUUGAACUCUGAUCUGGGACCAUCCAGCAUCACAUGCUGACAUGACAUUGUUUUUGCUUGGAAGGGCUUCCCCAGAAUCUAACCUGCACUCCGAAUGGCCAUGCAAGGAAGCUUCCCAAUCUUUCCAGAAGGGGUGAUGGUGAGGUUGAACAAACCCAAACCGUUAGCUCCGCUGCUACUUUUUUUCCCAGCCCAGUUUUCUGAGCUGGGAGAGGAUAUAAUGUGGGCCUCCACAACAUGGCAUUUCGUCACGUAGCUGAGACUUAGAAGGGCAUACUCCGGUGAGAUUGUGCAGAGCUGGGGUCCAGGUUCUCUGUUUCUUAAUCCCAAGCCCCGAAUCUGAUUUGCUGUGUGGUCCUGGGCAUGUCAUCAAGCGGCUUACUGCCUUCCUGAGACUCCUGGUGAUCUAGAUCCCCAGAGGGCUGGGAGGAUGUCUUUAGAUUUUAAGACUCUGUGAUAAAUCCUACAUGGCCUGGUGUGAGGAAGUUUGGACAAAAUAUUUCCCCCUUGGCCAGUUCGUCUGAAAAAGGAUCUGCUUACUUAAAGGGGCAGUUGGAGACUGAGAACACAUGUAGCUGGGAAAUCCAGGGUGAAUCACUAACCAAUCCCUGCUGUCACUUUCCCAGCAGUGAAUCAAAGAGGCAGAUACCACAUUUUACUCUGCAGGGCUGUCUGGGUAGCGGACUAUUAACGCUCCAGUUAAGGGAAUGAGACAUCUAAGAGAAAAUGCUCAGGAAUGCUUGGUAAUGUUGCCCUGUAUUCCUGUGGUCAGUCGCUUUGCAGCAGACUCUUUAGGCCCUUGAAGACAAGGCAGAAGAGAAACACACCAAAAGGUCAAAUUUAAUUCCAGUAAAAACAAAAACUUUUUUUUUUUUUUUUUUUUUUUAAAUACGCUCUCCCCGGAUUGGAGACAGCAAUAACUACUGUUCCCAUGGAAGGGUUAACAGUGUAGGAGCUGGUUUAUCAGUUCGCCUUAACACAGUGCUAGAGGAAAUCUAUGUUUGGGGGAAAAAGGGCCCUCCGUUCACUUUAAAAUUCAGAGUGUGGAUUUACUCCAAAGGGGGCUGUUUAAGGUGAAAGAAGCCAAGUUAAGUUUGGCCCCUUGCCUGGAAUCACUUGAAUUCUGAAACUUUACUGCGAUGGACAUGUGCGUUGUCACAUUUUCCAUUGCUUAAUCCUGAAGUUUGGUGCAAGUCUAUCUGCGCCUAUUAAAAAGUGAUGUAUAUACUUCCUUCUUAUUCUAUUAAGUUGUAUAAAAUUGUCUUCUGUAUUUAACAGUUUGUAAUUUUCACAAUAUUUUUUAAUUUAAAUAAACACA